AUGGCGACGACCGUAAGCGCUGGUUCACAGGGUACCGCGGAGGUGGCAGUGAUUGUGACGGUGGUGGUCGUUGCGCUGAGGGCGGAUGUUGUAGUUGUAUCGGCCUUUCCGGCAGCUGCGAUCGAAUCCAGCUUGGCCCGCGUCGACAAGUACAGGGUCGUUACGCCGGCGACACCAAACAAGCGAGGCGGUCUUCAAAUCCACGUCACCGCUGCGGCGGAUGAUGCCGCGCAAAACAUCCUAGCUUGGCUACGGCUUCUACACGCCGCUAAGCAGCUCCUCCGCGUGCCUCAUCUUAAGGGUGCGCAUAACGAGCGGGCUGGCAGCACCCAGCCAGUAAUCCACGUCCUCGCCCUCAAGCUCGGGGGGCACCCUCCUGCCCGGCGUCCGCUACGCCCGUUGCAACAAGGUGGCCGGCCCUGA